GUCACGUGUUGUUGGUCUCUUCAAAUGAUGAAAUAUGCAUAGUCAUACCGUGUAGAUAGGCCUAGGUUUUCCAAAAGCAAACGUUUUAAAAUGGCUCCAGGCAAAUUUGUGUGUCUUAAUCGUCGACUCAAACAGACUGACAUUCCGAAAGCAGAAGACUUCACCGUUUUGGACUUCGAUGAGAGCCAGGAACUAAAAGAUGGCGAAGUCCUUGUCAAGACGCUUUACUUGUCUGUGGACCCGGUCAUGAAAUUCAGAAUGAUAGCCAUUGAAAUUGCGGCUCUGGAGCCAUGGAAAGUUGGCGAGGCCUGCAUUGGAGGCGGUGUUGGUAUUGUUUUGGCAAGCAAAUUCCCUGGACUGUCAGAGCAAGAUAUUGUUGAAUCUUUUGAUUUUCAAUGGAAAACGACUUUCAAGAUCAACGGGAAGUUACUAAACAAGAUCGAAAAUGACGUCAUCAAAUCCAAUUUGUCCCAGUCUCUCGGUCUCCUUGGCUUGACAGGACUGACAGCAUGGAUUGGGUUGAGGCAUUUGGGACACAUAGAACCAGGAAAACGCCAAACCGUCGUCAUCAGUGGUGCAGCAGGAGCAUGUGGAUCAGCUGCUGGUCAGCUGGCAAGAAUAAUGGGUGCCACGAAUGUAGUUGGCAUAUGUGGUUCAGAAGCAAAGUGUAAAUAUCUAACAGAGGAUCUUGGCUUCAAUGCCGCCGUCAACUACAAAACAGAAAAUGUGGCUGCCUCCUUGAAAAAAGCUUGCCCAGGUGGUGUUGACACUUAUUUUGAUAACGUUGGGGGAAACAUCAGUAAUGAUGUCAUCAGGCUGAUGAACCAAAAUUCUCAUGUUGUUAUUUGUGGCCAGAUUUCCGCUUACAACAAAGAAGCUGAAGAUCUUCCAAAGGAAAUUGAAGAAAUACUGCAAUCAAGAAACAUAACAAGGGGACAUUUCUAUAUGCUAAGUUAUGAAGCUGAAUGGAAAGAAGGUUUGGACGCCCUUGCAAACUGGUACAAAGAGGGAAAGAUAAAGUCUCGUGAAACAGUUACUGAAGGGAUUGAAAACAUCGGGCAAGCUUUUGUAUCAAUGAUGGCAGGAGGAAACAUAGGGAAACAAGUGGUGAAAGUUGCCUAAAAGUAGUCAUUCUAACUGUCUGAACAAUAUGCUUCCAUCGUGAUUUAUAUUAUAUAAAUCCUUGCUGCCCUUGCUUUUCUCCAUCUGAUUCUAGAUCUGAUAAUAAAUGUAUUAGCUACAACGUACUAGUUUCAUGAAACUUGAUGAAACAUUGAACUGAACAAAGAAA